GAGAGAAAGGGGCAGUGCAGAGAUAGAAAAAGUGAAAGUGUUGAAAGGGAGAGAGAGAGAGAGAGAGGUCGCUAAACUGCUUGCCAGCUGACAGAACUCUUGGGAAGGAGCGACAUAACUUCUACAGCAGCAUCACCAACAAACGCGGAUUGAUUUUUAGGCAAGUCUACCACCUUCAUCACUGUGCGCAUAACAGGGAAACGUGCUAGAACUACGCCGUGCCAGGCAAGCGAAACGGAGACCCGGUUAUACGAGACUAAGUCUCUCAUUAUUCCUCUCCCAGACAGAGCGGGACCGAGUCAGUUUGUGUCCAUCUAGCCUGUGCAUCGCGAAGAACAGGGAUCAGCCACUACAUAUGCAACCAUCAAGUGGUGUCAGUAAGAGCCAAGACGGAUCAAGGUUUAUAUAUCUGAAGCAAAUAAACUAUAAGGAGAGUGUGCAGAAAACCCAUAUCACAACUGCAUCACUACGUCCAUCCUUUUCUCCACACUUCGGGACUGUUUAAAAGUGUUUGAUCCAGGAGAAGGACAACAGAAAGCUAAUUUAUAUUUUGAGUAAAAGUAGGCUACGGAGUUUUGGUUAUAUCUUGGAUAAGGAGAUCGACGACUUAGUUAUGGAAGUCGCAGCUGAUCAAUCUCGGUGGAUGGCGCAUCACCACGCGGUGUUGAAUGGGCAGCACCUGGACUCGCAUCACCACAGCCUGACCCACAACUACAUGGAGCCCAUGGCGCCGCUUUUGCCGCCAGACGAGGUGGACGUGUUUUUGAACCACUUGGACUCUCAGGGGAACCCCUACUAUGCCAACUCCCGGGCCAGGGUUACAUACAGCCAGACACAUGCUCGCCUUGGGAGUCAGGUUUGCCGGCCACACCUCAUCCAUAGCCCUGGCAUUCCGUGGCUGGACAGCGGGAAGGCGGCCAUCUCUGCUGCCCACCACCAUAACGCAUGGGCAGUCAGCCAUUUCAGCAAGCCCGGACUGCAUCCUGCUAGCUCCGGCUACCCUUGCAGUAGUAGCUCCAGUUCUGCUCCCGUGUCUUCCCUCACCCCUGCGUCCCACUCCAGCCCGCACCAUCUCUACAGUUUCCCUCCUACGCCUCCCAAAGACGUGUCCCCGGACCCCGGCCCUACUUCUCCAAACUCCAACUCUGCGAGAAUGGACGAAAAGGAGUCCAUAAAGUACCAAGUGUCACUCGCAGACGGAAUGAAAAUGGAGGGUUGCAGUCCUUUGCGCAACAGCCUGGCUUCGAUGAGUGCCCAAACUCCCGCAACGCACCUCCCUAUACCGACCUACCCAUACUCUCUACCAACACCACACGAGUACGGCGGCAGCCUCUUCCACCCCGGUAGCCUGCUGGGCGGAUCUUCAUCCAGCUUUACGCCGAAGUGUAAAAGCAAAGCCCGGUCAUGCUCAGAAUUCUGCUCAGAGGGGCGCGAGUGCGUCAACUGCGGUGCCACCUCCACCCCCCUGUGGCGGCGGGACGGGACGGGUCACUACCUGUGCAACGCUUGCGGCCUGUACCACAAGAUGAAUGGCCAGAACAGACCUCUCAUCAAGCCCAAACGCAGACUGUCCGCUGCGAGACGAGCUGGCACCUGCUGCGCUAACUGUCAGACCACCACCACCACCCUUUGGAGGCGCAACGGCAAUGGUGACCCGGUGUGCAAUGCCUGCGGGCUCUACUACAAACUGCACAACGUAAACAGGCCAAUGACCAUGAAGAAGGAGGGUAUCCAGACGCGCAACCGCAAAAUGUCCAGCAAGUCCAAGAGGGGCAAGCGUUCCGGAGAUGGCUACGAUGAGCUGUCCAAAUGCAUGCAUGACAGGUCUUCUCCCUUUGGGGGUGGCCCUGGCCUGGCUGGACACAUGACCCACAUGGGCCACCUUCCCCCCUUCAGCCACUCCGGACACAUGCUGCCAACUCCCAUGCCCAUCCACCACCCCUCCUUUAGCCAUCCCCACCACUCAGGUCGGUCGCCAGCCUGGGCUGAGCACUGAAGCCCCCUGAAGCCCCUGCAUCAGGCCCUGCCACCACCACCCCUCCAACCCCAUCACCACCACUACUGUGGGACCACAUAAAGAGGACUGCGUCUGUUUUUAGAAGGGUAAUAGUAAUGGGGAUCAACUGUCAGUAGGACAUUGUUUUGCCUGGCCUCAUUGAGAGAUUGAUGAAGAGGAGACGUGACUGAAGGUAGAGAGAAAGUGAGAGGGUGAAGAGGAAUGCUAAGUUGCUCCCUUCAAGUGUGUGGAAGACGAAGACGCAUGGGUGCGAAUGGGGACAUUCAUGGUCCUUCUGCCUUUUUUCUACUAAGUCACUUUGGUACCCCCCCCCUCCCACCCUAUCAGAGAAGAGAUAGGGGAACCACUGCUUUCCCCUCUUAACCCCCCCCCCCCCCCCACCCCACUGACUGGCUGCUGUGGACAGACUGUUGAUACCGUAGGAAUGAAAGACUUUCUGAACCAGCCUCCCCACACAUGUACACACACACACAAACACCACUGACCCCUCAUCCCUCACAUGCUGGAAUACACACCACCCACCUGGUCUCCUAUUUUUAACAGAUUGUAUUGAAAAAAUAAGCAAGCAAACAGAACAACUAUUGUUGUUAUAAUUGCUGUUAUAAUUAUUGUUAUGAUAAUUUAUUUUCACUCUUUUUGCUUCAGAAAACAUGGAUAGUUACAAUUAUAAGUUCAUUGUUAUUAUGUAAAGAAAAAACACUGACUUAUCUUAGACGAGACAUUGUUCCUGACCUGUACGUGUUUAUAAUUUUUCCAUCUCACAACAUUAAGGAAAUAAAGUUUGAAUAAUA